AUGGCUUACACGACGGCUCGACCGUCCAAGAGCUUGGGCCUUUCGAGGACCUCCAUCUACAGCUUGUUCUCCCUUCUGGCCCUAUUCUUCCUCAGUACACUUGCAGCUUGCGGCUCCGCUGCCUCUACGGGCGACAAAUAUCUCAUCGGCGUUGGCAAAGCCGACAUUACUGGUCCAGUUGUUGAGAUCGGCUUUGCCGGGUAUGCUAAUCUCGACCAAGUCGGCUCUGGUCUCCGACAGCGUUUGCACAGUCGCGCUUUCAUUAUCGCAGAUAAGAACAACCCCAAAGACCGAUUCGUUUAUUUGGUUCUCGACACACAAUCUGGCGACACGGCAACGCGAUAUGGUGUACUGGAAGGACUUAAAAAGUUGGGGUCUGACUACGACGUGUACGGUCACAACAACCUCGCCUUGACCGGAACUCACAGCCAUGCUGGACCAGGUGCUUGGUUCAACUAUCUUUUGCCGCAAGUCACCAGCUUGGGCUUUGACAAGCAAAGCUAUCAAGCUCUCGUUGACGGCGCUGUAUUGUCCAUCAAGCGCGCCCACGAAAACCUUCAAGAGGGCUAUUUGGACACUGGAACCACCAGAAUUAAGGACGGUGCCAUCAACCGCUCCCUGUUCGCCUACCUCGCCAAUCCCGAAUCCGAACGUAAGCAAUAUGAAGACCAGACUGACACUCUCAUGACACUCCUCCGCUUCAAGCGAGCCUCUGACAACAAGGAUAUUGGAGUCCUUACGUGGUAUCCCGUCCAUGGCACUUCUCUCCUCGGCAAUAACACCCACGCUGCUGCUGACAACAAGGGCGUUGCCGCGUGGAUGUUCGAAAAUGCUAUGAAGGAAAACUCCAACGCUGCUGAUGGGUUUGUGGCUGGAUUUAGCCAGGCUAACGUGGGCGAUACCACUCCAAACGUCCUCGGCGCGUAUUGCGACGAUGGAUCCGGCCAGCAGUGCAGCUUGGAAAAUAGCACAUGUGCCGAUGGCAAGUCGCAGAGUUGCCACGGGCGAGGACCUGAAUUUGCAGCCUUGGAUCUCGGUGUUAAGAGCUGCUAUGAGAUGGGACGUCGUCAAUUUGCAGGCGCGCAAACCAUUUAUAGCUCCCUAGGCACUUCUGGAACAGCAGUUGUAGGGUCAUCCGUCAAGGCAUUCCACUUCUUCCACGACAUGCGCUUCUGGAAUUUCACUCUUCCGAAUGGGAAGCAAGCGCAAACCUGCCCAGCUGCACUGGGUUACUCUUUCGCUGCGGGUACAUCAGACUGGCCUGGCGCAUUUGACUUCACCCAAGGUGACUCUGGUGAACCCAACGCCAACCCUCUUUGGAAACUCGUAUCGGGACUUCUCCGGACCCCUACUGCACAGCAAAAGGCGUGUCAAGGCUCCAAGCCCAUCCUUCUUGACGUUGGUGAAAUGGACCAGCCCUAUGCCUGGACGCCCAACAUUGUCGACAUUCAAGCUCUCCGCGUGGGCCAAUUCGUCAUCAUCGUAUCCCCUUCAGAGGCCACGACCAUGUCUGGACUUCGUUGGAAAGCCGCUGUUGCAGCUGAAGCAUCCAGCUUCCUCCCUCAGAAGCCUAUUGUUGUCCUCGGCGGUCCAGCAAACAGCUACUCUCACUACUGCGCUACGCCAGAAGAAUAUGAGGUGCAACGCUACGAAGGCGCAUCAACGCUCUUCGGACCUCAUGAACUAGACGCCUAUAUCAACCUCACCGUCAGCAACAUGCACUACCUCCGUCCGGAUUCAAAAGACACACCCGACCAAGGCCCCCUUGCUCCUGACAACCGCGGCAAAGCCCUCUCCUUCAUCACCGGCGUCGUAGUCGAUAACGCCCCCAUCGGCUCUUCCUUUGGCAAAGUCGUCCACCAACCAUCCGCAUCAUAUCAAAUCGGAUCUGUUGUCAACGUGACUUUCCAAGGCGCCAACCCUCGCAACAAUCUUCGUCAAGAACAAACAUUUGCUGCUGUCGAGCAACAAAAUGCCGAUGGAUCCUGGACGCAAGUUCGCGACGAUACAGACUGGUUCCUCGUCUAUUCAUGGCGCAGGACCAACUUUAUCCUCGGAUACAGCGAAGUGGACAUCUCAUGGGAGACGUAUGGGAACGCUAAACCAGGCACGUAUAGGAUCAAGUAUUAUGGGGAUUCAAAGCCCCUUAUCGGUAGUAUAAAGGCGUUUCAGGGGACUAGUAAUUCGUUCAAGUUGACAGGCGGGUUGACACGUCAGCUUCGGGUGAUGUAG